CUUUGUUGCUUCAUGGCGACUGCUGUGCAUCGGAAUGCUGGCGCUGGCGCUGCUGAUGUUCGCUGCAGAGGCGGACGCUGCUGGCAGUGGCACCGGCGGCCUGGGUAAUCAGGCGGUGUUUACCAGCUCUUUUCUGGUGCGUUUCCGUCGGGGCGUUGACAAUGACUUCGCCCACAAGGUGGCCGAUAAAUAUGGCUUCGACAACCUGGGACCGCUGGUAGGCGCCGAUGGACAGGAGUAUCACUUCAAGCACAGGACUCUGCCACAUGCCCGGUCACGUCGUAGCUUGACGCACACACGUGCCCUCAAGAGCCAUCCCUCGGUACAUACGGCCGUACAACAACCGGGCUUUAGGCGUGUGAAACGCGGGUUGCGACCGCAGGUACCUGCUAUUCAUGGCCUGCACUAUGAAGCAACAUUGGGAGAGUCGAAUGACGUGGAUGUUGAGCCAACGGAUCCGUAUUUUCCCAUGCAAUGGUAUCUGAAGAACACCGGACAGAAUGGCGGAAAAGUAAGGCUGGAUCUCAAUGUGCAGGCUGCCUGGGCGCAGGGAAUAACGGGCAAGAACGUGACAACGGCUAUCAUGGAUGAUGGAGUCGACUACAUGCAUCCGGACCUGAAAUUCAAUUACAACGCGGAGGCCAGCUAUGACUUUAGCAGCAACGAUCCAUUCCCCUAUCCACGCUACACAGAUGAUUGGUUCAACAGCCAUGGAACUCGCUGUGCUGGCGAAGUGGCUGCUGCCAGAGAUAAUGGAAUUUGCGGCGUGGGCGUUGCUUAUGACAGCAAAAUCGCAGGCAUACGCAUGCUGGAUCAGCCAUAUAUGACCGACCUAAUCGAAGCCAACUCAAUGGGGCAUGAGCCUCACAAAAUCCACAUAUACAGCGCCUCGUGGGGUCCCACCGAUGAUGGCAAGACGGUCGACGGGCCGCGCAAUGCGACCAUGCGUGCCAUUGUCCAGGGUGUCAAUGAGGGUCGCAAUGGUUUAGGCAACAUCUAUGUCUGGGCAUCGGGCGAUGGCGGCGAGGAGGAUGAUUGCAACUGCGAUGGUUAUGCCGCCUCCAUGUGGACCAUUUCCAUUAACAGCGCCAUUAAUGAUGGCCAGAACGCGCACUACGAUGAGAGCUGCAGCUCCACACUGGCAUCGACAUUCAGCAAUGGUGCCAAGGAUCCCAAUACUGGCGUUGCCACCACCGACCUGUAUGGCAAGUGUACGACAACCCAUUCGGGAACAAGUGCCGCAGCUCCCGAAGCCGCUGGCGUCUUUGCGUUGGCCUUGGAGGCAAACCCUCAGUUGACUUGGCGCGACAUUCAGCAUCUAACUGUGUUGACAUCGAAGCGCAAUUCGCUGUUCGAUGCCAAGAACCGAUUCUACUGGACAAUGAACGGGGUUGGACUGGAGUUCAAUCACCUCUUUGGGUUCGGUGUGCUCGAUGCGGGUGCCAUGGUGACCCUGGCCAAGCAAUGGCAUUCGGUGCCAGCACGCUAUCACUGUGAGGCGGGUGAGAUUAACAAGGCUCAGCCAAUUAUAAUGGGACGCUCGCUGUUCUGGGAGAUUAAAACGGACGCUUGCAAGGGCAGCGAUACGGAAGUGAAUUAUUUGGAGCACGUGCAGGCCGUGAUUACGGCCAAUGCUUCGCGACGUGGCGACUUGGAGCUCUUCCUCACCUCUCCCAUGGGCACUAAAUCCAUGAUUCUUUCGCGACGUGCCAAUGACGAUGAUCAUCGCGAUGGCUUUACCAAAUGGCCCUUCAUGACCACUCACUCCUGGGGCGAGUAUCCACAGGGAACAUGGAAAUUGGAGGCACGCUUUAAUUCGGCCCAAACACGUAUUGGGCAUUUGGUGGAAUGGUCUUUGGUUCUGCAUGGCACCAAGGAGGCACCUUAUCGCACACUUUCGCCAUCCUCACCGCACUCCAAGCUGGCCAUAGUUAAGAAGGCGCAUGAGGAUAAGAAAAUGUAGGAGGUGUCCAGUUCCACGAGCGAUGUCGUCCAUUAGGCACCUUGGCUUUUAUCACUUUGAGUUUAGUAUGAAGUUCAAGAAAUGUGCUGGCUGUGUUUUGUUUUAAAUGGGAUUGAUUGAGAACGAACUUCUAUUUUAAAGAAUUUAUUUACGCUUUUUUUUUUAAUCAAACAUCUACAUUCUUGAAUAUUUUUUUUAUUAAAUGAAAUGGAAUGAACUCAAAGUUUAUUUUAUUUUCAUUUGAAUUUAAAGCAUUUCUUAAGUUUAAUAUUUUCAUCACAUGAGAGUUAGAGAGUUGGAGAAAUGAUAUGCGGGAUUUUCAAGCGCACAUUAUUUACUAGUCUUAUGCGACCUAUUUUCAAAGCCACAAAUAACUAAUAGAACAACUUAGAACCAGAUGAAAAUUAUGAUGGUUAAGAGACCCGUAUAAACUAUAAAAGAUAAGCAGUAAGAAUAAUCUGAAACAGGUAUAGCAUACGAGUAUUACUGUAUUAUUUGAGCGACAGAGAGAGGGAGGAGUCAUUGAGUACAUAAUACUUAUCCUUAAAACCCUAAAAUGUACUAUAUCUCUAUAUAUAUAUAUAUAUAAAUACUUAUAUACAUGUAUACAUAUGUAAAACUGUGUCCUAUGCUCUUAGACUCUAAACAUUAUCUACCUUAUAUAUUUUAAUCUAUUUUAAUUUCUCUCUCUCUAUAUAUACUAUAUAUAAACAUAAAAUGUUGAACUUAAUAAUGUGGAGAAUGCAAAUGGUGCAAACUGCUUCCAAAUAGUAUCACUUAAUAGGUAUUCUUAGUUAGUUUGUCUUUAGUUUUUCUAUCUUUUGUAUUUGUGCAUGUAAAUUGCAUUUACAUACGCAGUUUUCAGUUUCUUUCGGGGGCCAAAGAAGUAAAAAAAUAAUAACCAGCAUAAUUGCUAAAUUGUUUAUAAUGAAAAAAAUAUAAAAAAAUAUAUAUAUAUAUAAAUAAAACUAAAUGAUAAAUAUUGAAGUACAAGUGCAAAACAAUUGAAAAAGUGUUGAGAGUGUGUAAGAAGUAAAAGACGACAGCGGAUAUUGAUGAUUGAUUUGUUUAAUAAGCACCUUGUUAAAGUUCAUGGGUUAUAGUGCAAGAGAAAUGAUAUACACAACUAUAUCUAUAUACAUAAAUGCAUACAUAUAUUUAAAUAUAUAUACAGUACAUGAUGUGUAAUUAUUAGCCGAGAGAAUGAAAAAAACAUAAACAGAAGCCCAACAUAAAUACUUAUUCCUUAUAUAUACUUACAAUAAAUAUAAAUAUACAUAGAAUGAAACAUAUAUCUAUUUACAUACAUACGAUAAUUUACCUACGUAUAUGAGUAUAUAUGAUAUACAUUUAUGUAUAAAACAUAGACAUGUAUAUCAUCAGAAUAAAUAACUUAUAUUGAUGUAAAGUUAUCUUUGAUGUUGUAGAUACUAAACACCAGACCCAGAUACAAAUGCAGUUACCAAUUGAAAAAUUGAAUGUUGUCUAGAUUAGUUUUGGCAAUGAUUUUGGAAACUCUUUUCUGUUAUUAUUAUUACCAUAAUAUUGUUUGGCUUCUUCGAUUCUCAUGUAAUGCAAAAAAAUAAAUCUAUUUAAUUUUGUAAAUAAAAGUUGGUAAAACGCCCAAA